AUGGGGAGCUUGUGGAGAAAGCUGCUCGAGGCGUACCAUGAACGCGAGAUGGAUAUCUCUCGGCCGGAGGUGUUAAAGGAGGCGGCGGUAGCGGCGGGGAUUGAGGCUGCGGUGGUGGAGAAGUGGCUGGCGGAGGACGGGGGGUUCCGAGGUUUCUUUUUCCAGGGCAAGUAUGAGUGGGAUGGAGAGGAUCUGCAAGAGUUUAUGGAGAUCAUGGGGAAGGUGAAGGCAGAGGAGUGA